AUGCGCAACAUAACAGUAGAGGUACCGAGCACUGGCGUGUCGGCCUCCACCCAGCCACCUGAGGAGGAGGACUUCCUCGGAGAGACGUCAUCAGCGUACACCGCGUCGCCGCUGGAGUAUUCAGAACUGGAUGAUUACGAGGACGGCACUGAUGAUGAGGAUUCGUUUCAUGCUGCGGAAGGCCUGGAGUUGGACCAGCUUCGCGCCGGCAACGUGUCGGGCGCGGCGCCGCGCGGGCUGCGCGCCGUCAUCGUCAAGCACCGGUUCGUCACGCUCAGCUGGCAGCCGCCGCAGGACGGGGACGUCGCCGGGUACGCCGUGCUGUACAAGGUCAAGGGCAGCCAGAGGGAGCGAGUAUGUCGCGGGGGCGCGGGGCGGCACGAGCUGAACGUGGCGGGCCUGCAGCCCAACACCAGCUACCAGUUCGCAGUCCUCGCAUACACCGGCCACGGGACCUCGCCCCUCUCCGACACGAUAGAGGUGGUGACAACUGAGGAAGAGGUAUCGCACGGGCCCCCGGUAGACUUGCGGGCGGAGGCCACAGGGCCGCACUCCCUGCGCGUGUCCUGGGGCCCGCCUGUAGGGGCCCCGCCGCCUGCCAAGUACUCCGUGCACUACACUGAGGAGGAGAGUGGUCGCGAGCAGCUAGAGUGGGUGGAGGCGGAGGCGGGGCGCGGGGGCGCGCAGGCCGUGACGCUGGGCGCGCUGCGCGCCGCCGCCGCCUACGUGGUCCGCGUCGCGGCGGCCGGGGGCGCGGCCGGCCUCGUCCGCGCGCGGACCCCGGGGGACGUGCCCGCCGCCGCCCCCGCCAACGUCUCCGCCGUACCCACCGGCGCCACGUCCAUCCUAGUCCGCUGGGAUGCUCCCCCGUCCCGCACGCACCGCGGGGCCCUGACGGGGUACAAGGUGCGGUACCGCGCGCUGGCCCCGGCCCCUUCGCCGGGCCCCGCCACCGCCGCAGCGGGGCCCGCCGCCAGGAAGAAGGCAGACUCACUCACCACGCCCGCCGACCAGCGGAGGGCUGAACUGAGGGGGCUGGAUACUGCUACUACAUAUCAGAUCCGCGUGUGCGCCAUAAACGCGAACGGGUCGGGUCCGUUCAGCGAGUGGGUGUCGGCCAGUACGCAGCGACACGAGCUCGACGAGGCCACCGUCCCCCCCGCGCCCCCACCACUCACCACGCGCGCGGGUCGCGACUGGAUCAGCGUGUGGUGGGGGGCGGCGCAGGGGGGCGUGCUGGUCCGCGGCCUGGUGCUGGGCUGGGGGCUCGGGGUGCCCGACGACGCCGCCAGGGAGCUGCCCCCCCAUCUACACUCACACGUCAUCCGGGGACUCGAAUCGAACGCGGAGUACGUGAUAUCCCUCCGCGCCAGCAACUCCCGCGGGCUGGGCCCGGCCGUGUACGCCACCGUGAGGACCAAGCCGCCCGCCGACGACGAGGACGAGCCGGAGGACGAGGAUGAAGAGGACGAGGACGAGGAAGACGAGCCUCCGCCACUCAUACCUCCUGUAGGAGUUAAGGUGAUCAUGCUGAGCGGUACCACGGCGGUGGUGUACUGGACCGACCCUACACUGCCCAAGGGACAGACGGCGACGGACGGGCGCCGCUACGUGGUGCGGUGGUCGAGCGCGGGGGGGCGCGCGCGGACCUUCAACGCCACCGACCUCAACUGUAUGCUCGACGACCUCAAGCCCUACACGCACUACGAGUUCGCCGUCAAACUCAUCAAGGGUGGCCGUGAGUCGGCGUGGUCGAUGAUAGUGUCGAACACGACGCUAGAGACAGCGCCGGGCUCCGCCCCCCGCGACCUGCGGGUGUCCCCCGCCGCGCCCCCCGCGUCCGCUGCGCGCGCCGUCGACCUCGUCUGGCAGCCCCCCGCCAAGCCCAACGGGGUCAUUACCGGGUACGUGAUAAUGUACGCGGUGUCGGGCCCGGCCCCGCAGUGGACGGCGGUGGCGGCCCCCGGGGAGCGGCCCCGCGCGCGCGUCGAGCGCCUGCGCCCGCGCACGUCCUACCUGUUCAAGCUGCAGGCGCGGAACUCCAAGGGGCUCGGCCCCUUCUGCGCCCCCGUGGGCCACGCGACGGGGGCGGAGGCCGGCGCGGCGGGGCUGGCGGGCGCCACGUCGGCGUGGCUGUGGGCGAGCGCGGGCGGCGCCCUGGCCGUGCUGGCGCUGGCGGCGGCGCUGGCGCUGUCGCUGUGCUGCCGCCGCCCCGCCCCCCCCUCGCCCGACACCUCCACCUACCACAAGUCCUCCGCCUCCGCCGCCAUCAAGCCGCCCGACCUCUGGAUCCACCACGACCAGAUGGAACUCAAGCACAUGGACAAGUCGCUGCACAGCUCCGCUAUAUCGGCGGGCAGCGUGGAGGGCGGAGCGCUGAUGUCGUCGACGCUGACGCUGGGGCGCGCGCCCCCCGCGGAGUACGAGCCGGCGCGACACCCCCCUCCCCCCGCCUCCCUGGACCGCCGCCACCACGUGCCCACAUACGUCGAGUCGCGCUCGGUGUCGGCGGCCAGCGACGACACGUGCGUGGUCCGCGCGUCGCCCGCGCGGCGCUGCGACCGAUGCGACGCCUGCGACAGAUACGACCGCUGCGACGCCUGCGACAGAUGCGACUAUAUGCCCAGACCGAUGACGGGUAUGGGCGUGGGGGUAGGCGUGGGAGGCGUGGGCGGCGUGGGCUGCGCGUCCACGUGCGAGCGUCGUCCUCAUGCGCGUAUGCCGCAUCCCGACCAGAGCACCCCCCUGCUGGCGGGGGUGGCCCCGCUGGGGUCCCCGCAGUCGUCGCUGGGGUCCCUGCCUCACCCCGCGCACCAACAUCUACAGCACCAGCCCCCCGCGCCAUGUGCAUCGAGUACGUGUCCGCUGGGCGCGUCGUGCGGUGCGCCUGCGGACGGGUUCGCGGCGGCGGCCCGCGAGCGGGGACACUACGUCGCGUACGAACCGCUCGGACACUACACGCAUCGCGACUCACUGAGUAGUGAAACGGGCCCCGGCAGUGGGAGCGGGGGCCCCAUCAUGAGCGGGGGCCCGGGCCUGGGUCCCGGUGGCGGGUCCCUGCAGCGACGGGGCGCGGGCCCCGCGGGGGGCGCGCUGCACAGCUUCACGCUGAGCGACAACGCGAGCGACACGUCGACGCCCUCCCACUCGCGCGCCAGUGUGAGGGAGACCUCGCCAUACAAGAAGAGUGCCAGCUCCUCGCCAGGACAUAUACCCAACCGGUUGCAGCUCGGUGGCGCAGUCCCUCACUGCGCGGACGAGCUGGAGCCCCUGACGCCGUCGCGGUCCACGGAGCGCCUCCAUCGCGAGAUGCAGAACCUCGAGGGACUCAUGAAGGACCUCUCCGCCAUCACUCAGCAACAGUUCCAUUGCUAG